CUUGUACAUAACCUUCCUUUUCACCAUAAUUUCUGUGCGGUGUACACGUGUUUUCCGAUAUGGCACCCGUCGAAAAAGCUAAAAAAGCCACAAAAUCGGGCAAGAAAGUUGCCAAACAUCCAUUAAACACUUACCUCCAUGGCGGUGUAUUGCGUUACUCCAAGAGCCAGAUGUACAAACGCCGUGCUCAAUGGCGUUUGAAGGGAACCAAGCGUCCAGUGGUCAAAACCAUUAAGAAGGACAUCAAGCAAGUAAAGAAAAUCGGUGGCCCUAAGAACGGAGGUGAACGUACCGUCUACCUUAACAAGCCCAAGGCCAACUUCCCAACCAAGCGUUUCGUGAACAAGCGUCCCUCCAAGGCUACCUUCAACACACACAAGCGCAAUGUUCGCUCCAACUUGCAACCUGGUACCGUUUUGAUCUUGUUGGCUGGUCGUCAUCAAGGCAAGCGCGUUAUUUUGUUGAAAUCGUUGAACUCUGGCCUUUUGUUGGUCACUGGUCCUUUCUGCCUGAACUCCUGCCCAUUGCGUCGCGUUUCUCAACGUUAUGUUAUCGGCACCUCCACCAAAGUCAAUUUGGGUGACUACAAAGUACCACAAAACUUGGACGAUGCCUACUUCCGUCGCUUGAAGAUCAACAAGCAAAAGAAGAGCGGCGAAGGUGAUAUUUUCGCCACCAAGAAGGAACGUUUCGUGCCCAACGAACAACGCAAGAAGGACCAAAAGGAAGUAGAUACCGCUGUUCUUAAGGCCAUUAAGGCUCAUCCCGAUGGUAAAUUCGUCGCCAAAUACUUGAAGAGCAUGUUCGCCUUGCACUCUUCCCAAUACCCUCAUCGCAUGAAGUUCUAAAUUAUUGUUGAAAUUUAGAAUUUCAUUAAGUGGAGAUGUAUUUUUAACGAUUGAGAGAAGAAGAAAUUAAUUCUUUUUUUUAUUGUAAUUUACCAAGUAAAUGAAAAUGGACAAAAAACAUGCUUUUUGUAAAAUAAAGACAAUUUACAAAAUCACCCAAAAAAAUUGGAAAAUA